AUGGCCAACCCUUCUCCAAUGAUCAUGUUAACCCUAGUUCUUGCAACAAUGUCCAUGGUUCACACAAGACCUUUUACCAACAUGACCAAUAUUGGUCCACCGCCCUUAGUGGCACGACUCAAGCUUGACAAUAAUGAUGGACAAGAUGGUGGUUUGACAGGUUGUUGGGACACGUUGUUUGACCUUCAUGCUUGCACCGGUGAAAUUGUACUUUUCUUUAUAAAUGGAGAGACUUAUUUAGGGACAGGUUGUUGUAGGGCGAUCCAGAAAAUAGAAAAGUUGUGUUGGCCGUCUUUGAUGGGGUCACUUGGUUUCACUUCGCAAGAAAGUGAUAUAUUACGUGGCUAUUGUGAUGUUUCAGAUAAUUGUGAUGUUCCGACAGCUCAGCCUCCGCCACAUACCCCCAAUACCACCACCAAUAGCCGUAAUAGAUUUUAG